CUGCUGCUUCCUAUCUAUGAUCACUGAUGUGACUUGAUUUACAUGCGCAAAGCGGAAGUAGACGAUUCUGCUCUUUAAGUUAUUGAGUCUGCUCAGUGCAAUAUAUAUGAAAUACUUUCAGGUGGCAGCUUUAAACAGUAACAUUUUGUGCGUUUUUUUUUUUCCACUGCAGAAGAAGAGCAAGACUGUGGUCAGUUCAGCUUCCCAUCCAAAAAUCCUACAUAAACAGAUUUUUUGUGAUUUAAAAAAAAAAAAAUUUAACUUUCAGUUUUGUUUUGACCAUCUGUGAUCUCUCCCGUUGCCUCGGGCCAUUAGUUUGAGUCAUUCAUGACCUGCAAGCGAACCACAAAAAGAACUAAAGCGCUUCAGGAAGGAGAUAUUAUCUUUUUUAUUAUUAUUAUUAUUUUGCUUUCUGCUGUUUUUCUAACGUUGGUCAGUUUCCAAGCGCACAACAGGGAUAUUGUGCGAGUAUCAGGAAAUUCAGUUUAACUUUUUUUUUAAAAAAAAAAUAAAGUUAUGCAAUAGCUCAUUUUCUCACAGGAAGGUAAGGUUACAGAUCCUAAAACAGACCAGAGAAAUCAAACGGUCACUUUUUUUUUUAAAUUUAUCCAUCGAGCCGCUUCUGAGACAGACAUGAACUCCGAGAAUACGCCACUGCUACGAAGAACUGCAUCAUCUCUCUCCGAGAUCAGUAACUCCAGAUUGUAUCUAGCCGUGUUCUCAGCAGUUCUUGGUAACUUCAGCUUUGGUUACUCCCUGGUCUAUCCGUCCCCCGUCCUGCCGAAGCUCACAAGUCCCGAUGCAGACCCUCGGCUCCGGAUGAACCCGAACCAGGCCGCCUGGUUCGGGUCCAUCUACUCCCUGGGUGCAGCAGCCGGGGGUCUCGGGGCGAUGCUGCUCAACGACCUGAUUGGACGGAAGAUGAGCAUCAUGAUGUCAGCGGUUCCCUCGACUGCUGGAUACACGCUGAUGGGAGGAGCCGUGAACUUGUCGAUGCUCCACGGGGGCCGAUUCUUAACCGGAGUUGCCGGGGGGAUGACGGCUGCUUCAAUUCCAGUUUACAUCUCAGAGGUCUCCCACAAAAAAGUCAGAGGGGCCCUGGGCUCCUGCCCCCAGAUCACAGCCGUGUUUGGCACCCUGACGCUCUACGCCCUUGGUCUGGUGGUGCCGUGGCGGUGGCUGGCGGUGGCGGGGUCCGUGCCAGCCGUGCUGAUGGUCAUCCUGCUGGUGUUCAUGCCUUCCUCCCCGAGGAGACUCCUCUCCCUCGGCCAAGAGCAGAAAGCGGAAAAAGCCCUCCGCUGGCUGAGAGGAAGCAAAUACAACACGAGCAUAGAGCUCAACGCCAUACAGCACAGCAUUAACACACAGGUUAAGAUCACCUGGGCUCAGCUGGGCAAGCCCAUCUAUUACCGGCCAAUCCUGAUCUCAGUUGGGAUGCGUUUCCUGCAACAGAUGACGGGAAUCACGCCAAUUCUGGUUUACCUGGAGCCGAUCUUUGCUAAGAGCAAUGUCUCCCUGGAGCCCAGGUACGAUGCUGCCAUCGUGGGUGCAGUCCGCCUCCUCUCUGUCGCUGUGGCAGCAAGCCUGAUGGACAAGGCAGGACGUAAAGCCCUGCUGUACACGUCAAGCAUGCUGAUGUUCCUGUCCUCUCUGACGCUGACCAUGAUCUCCCACACCACACCUUGCCCAGCUGUAAAUAUUACGGCUCCGAACUCUGAGCUGGGCAACACGUUACAGGCCAGCCAGGAAACGGCUUUGAGCUUCGUCCCGCUCAUCAGUACAGUGGUGUUUAUAUUCGGAUACGCCAUGGGAUGGGGACCAAUCACUUGGCUGCUGAUGUCAGAGGUGUUGCCGCUGGUGGCCAGGGGCGUGGCAUCAGGCCUGUGUGUCACAGUGAGCUGGGUGACGGCCUUCGCACUCACACACGCCUUCACCCUCCUGGUAGACGCCUACGGCCUGUACGCGCCCUACCUGAUGUUCACGGUGGUGUGCGUCUUCUGCCUGCUGUUCAACGCCGUGUGCAUCCCAGAGACUCGCAAGCGCUCGUUGGAGGAAAUAGAGAACUAUUUCAGGACUGGACGCACGUUCACCAUCAGGCAAAAUCAUCCCAGCGUGGUGUCCAGCUGAAAAUACGAGGUCAAUCCGAUCAAAAGGAGCCAUUCUUGCUCUGAAAGCGAAGCAAUAAAAGCGUAAUGUGGCACAUUUCAGUUUAAGAACCUGAGAUAGCAAUUUUAGGGUUUUUAAAAUAUAAUUUCUAAUCAUUGUUACAAAUCCUUGCAGAGGUAAUCAUCUCCCUUGAACGUUUUCACAUUUCAUCACUGUACAACCACAAACUUCAGUGCAUCCUACUAGGAUUUGAUGUGAAAAACCAACACAAGAUAGUGCAGGAUUUAAAAAAAAAAAUUUUAAGUCUUAAAGUUUGCAGUUAAACUAUUAGUUUAAAACUUCAUAGAACCCUCAUUCUCUAGGCCGAAAAGUUCAGUUGUGAUGUCCGCCACACGUUUGUGUUGUCACCUAUGGCUUGUGACAAAUAGCUAUGUUUUCACAUCACUAUUCCACCAAAGCCAGAUUUGCGGGUUGUAAGUAAUGCAAACAAAAUGUGAAUAAGUUCAAGUUUCGGCCUCGAAGAGACGGAGCUCAGAUCGAUGGCAGACAAAAAACAAGAACUCGAUGAUGAAGCUCCUUCAUACAGAUUAAAGCAUUUAUACCGGACCAACGCAUCUAAUUUCUAUAGGGGAACUUAAACAGUUACAUUGACUCAGGCCAAAAACAGCAAAACAUGGCCUUGUUAGCUAAAUAAAAACUGAAGUAGAUACAGCCUUACUAGUGAAAACUUGUGGCGCUGCAUGAGAAAAUGACUGACUUCUUUCUAUUCUUUUACAGCUUUACAUCAUUACUCUAGAAUUUGUCUUUGUGUGCAAUUAUUGUUACAUAUAACACUUGAGAGGUUUUGAUGUAGAUUUGCCAGAGCAACAAUUAUCACGUUUUGUGGUAAAACAAAAUGACUGUCUGUAUAUUUCAUUUUACUACACUGAUAAAAAUCAUAAAGAAAACUCUGUACAAAUAUUUUUAAAAAAGAAAACAAAACUGUAGUAAUUUUAAAAAUGCAGUAUAAAUUGCGGUUAUAUUUAUUUACUAUGCCAACCAUGACAGUUGGAAACCUAAACAACUGAGCCAACCGGAUCAUCUGGGCCGGCCAGGUCUGUCUGGUGACUUCAUAACUUCUCUUCUGUGAAUAAUCAUCAUGUUGACCAAUCACAGCAGCUUCUGUUCUUUAGUAAAUGUUGAAAAUUAAAUUUGUCUACAUGAAAAUAUAGUUGAUAAAUGGCUGCUGUAAACAUUUAGACAACUAAAAGGGAAUAUGUACGCAUGAUAUGAAGUAAUACCGAGUUUGGUUGAAAGAUAAAAAAACUGUUUAAUCAGAUUUUAUGUUCAAAUGAAGAAAAAAAAGGUCAUCUAAAUUGUUAUUCUGUGAAGUAAAUAUCUAAUUUCAACUGUA